GAGAAGAGAACUGAAGCUGAAGCUCAGAGCUGGAGCCACAAUGGCGACUGUCCUCUCCUAACAACAGGGGCAGUGGGUGUUCUUAUAUCCGCAAACAUCGCCCUAAAUACAGGCCUGGUUGAUAUCCAGGGCCACUAAAAAUAAACUGGAACAUCUUUUGCACAUGAAUAUAGUAUAAUUUCUGACCAAUAUCAAAUAUAAAGAGAUAAAAAUGGCAUAUUAAACGAACAUGUAAACAGAACCAACCGGGUCAAGUUUUCAUUUUCAGUUCUGCGAAACAAUAUUGCCCAUUCAUCAUGGACUAUACUUGUUUCCGAACUCAGACCGUAAACUGAAGGAAUUAAAACACCUUCCCUAAAGCCUGCCACCGGGCUAAAGAGGCCCGCGUUUGGGAGAAGGACCGCUGCUGACGUGAGGAAUGCCUGGGUCAGACCGACACCAUGGGACCAAGAGAAAGCCGGAUCCCAGCGCCAGCGUUUCACUACAGUCGCAGACGGCGAGCGGUAACAGCGGGGCGUACCAGCCCCUGCUCCCGCCGCACUCCUCUGCGGGUAACAUGACGAGCAAGGACGGUAAGCUCCAGUCCAAGACGUCAUCGUCGUCGUCGUCUUCCUCGAAGCGCAAACGGCACAAGUCGUCGAAACACGGACGAGAAUCGUCGUCGCUGGGCCAGGCCUCUGCCUUUCCUGCCCUGGACUCGGCGGCGCCUCCUGCCGUCAGCGCCAUCAAGCCGCUGGUAGAGUAUGACGACAUCAGCUCCGACUCCGACACUUUCUCGGACCCACCGUCGGCGAGGCCCGUUGCGGACAAGCGAGGAGGGGAGAGAUUCGAUCCUGCCUCAGAUUAUGGCAAGGACGAUGGGGGCGGGGCUGGGGGAAGCAGAGAGAGUCGGGGACACAAGCACCGUCACCCCCGCAAGAAGUCCAAGGACCCGCACAGGGCGAAGGACUCGGGUGAGGGCGGCGGCAGCUCAAAGAAGAAGAGCAGCAGGGACAGAGAGAAGGGGAGUUCGGGGAAGGGUAAGGAGAAGGUGCCCUCCAUUGCCUCCCUGGCGUCCGGGUCCCGGCGGCAGGGUCAGCAGGAGGGGGAUUUUGGGGUGAAACGGGGGGAGCUGCCUGUCAGCGUGCACGUUCAGCCAGAGGCCAGCGUCAGCAGCACGGCCUCCUCCUCGUCCUCGUCCCGCAGCAAGGAGGGCAGCCGGUCGGGGAAGUCCCGCAAGGACAAGCAGCAGCGGCGCGAGGGGCGCGGGGAGGGCCGCAGCUCCUCCCAGAGGGAGCGGGGGGAAAAGAGCCACCGCAAGUCCUCCAAGAGCUACAAGUCCAGCCCCAAGGGGAAGGCCUUGUCCAGGGGCAGCCCGCACAGGAAGGCCCAGUCGCCCAGCCCGAAGCGAGGGGGCAACGACAGCCCGCUGGGCGGGGGGUACGGCCAGGACGCGGAGGACAGCUACCACCACAGACGGAGGGUGCCCCAGCAGAGCCCCAGCCCGUACCGGGAGGUGUCGCGGCGGAGCCGGCAGCGCUCAGACAGCCCCUACGCCAGCCGGCAGCGCUCCUCCAGCUACGAGCGGGACAGCAGCCCCUACUCUUCCCGGAAGCGCUCUUCCAUCAGCCCCUACGGCAACCGCCACUCCUCCAGCGCCAGCCCUGUGUCUCGGCGUUCUGUUCGUUCCAGGAGCCGCUCCCCGGGCCCCUUCUCCGGCGCCUCUUCCCGUCGCUCCUCGUCCCGCUCGCGCAGCAAGAAGCACUCGUCCGCCGGCAGAGGGGGCGGAGGGUCCCACAGCAGCCGGCCCCCGAGCCGCUCCCCCUCCUCCUCCCGCCUGCCCCUCAACUCCAGCCUGGGGGCGGAGCUCAGCCGCCGCAAGAAGGAGCGCCAGGCCGCGGUGGCCGCCGCGCGCGGGCCCUCGUCCCCCGCGAAGCGCCCCGCCGGGCCUGCCUCGCGCCCCUCCAAAGCAGAGCCUGAGCCCUCUGACAGAGAGCCUGCCCCGGCCGCGGACCCGCCGGCCCAGCCCCAGCCGCCGCCACCCGCUCCCGUUCUGCAGGACAAUCCCCUCAGGGAAGAGAAGGGCACCCCGCCCCCUUUACCCCCGUUCUCCUCCCCCGCACCCCCUCUGCCCCCUACCCAGACGCCCCCGCUCCCUCCCCCGCUCCCCCCCUCCCCUGCCGCUCUGCUUCAGCCACCCCUGCCCCUCCCUGAGGCCAGCCAGCCAGCGUCCGGCCACCCCACGCCUUCCUCCUCCUCCACCACGCAGCCCAAAUCCCCUGCAGCUCUCCCAGCACGUAGCCCCGCCCGCCAGCCUCCGCCUAUCAAGACCUCCACCCUGCCCCCGCUUCCCCUCCCACCCAUGCUGCUGGGAGACUGCCAGGACAGCCCAAAGAAGACGCCACCCCACAGGCCCCAGAAGAAGGAGGAGAUGCGGAUGCGGCCGCUCUUGAGUGACUUGCCGUUGCCCCCCACGUUGCCCGGGGGAGAUCCCUCUCCCCCCCAGUCGCCUGUCCGCAGGGCACCACCCCCACCACAGCCUGUCUACAAGAAGAGACCAAAGUUUUGUUGCCCACGCUAUGGCGAGCGCAAGCAGACGCAGAGUGACUGGGGGAAGCGCUGUGUGGACAAGUUUGACAUCAUCGGCAUAAUCGGGGAAGGCACCUAUGGGCAAGUGUACAAAGCCAAGGACAAGGACACAGGCGAGCUGGUGGCCCUGAAGAAGGUGCGUCUGGACAAUGAGAAGGAGGGCUUCCCCAUCACGGCCAUCAGAGAGAUCAAGAUCCUCAGGCAGCUGAACCACCGCAGCGUGGUCAACAUGAAGGAGAUCGUCACCGACAAGCAGGACGCCCUCGACUUCAAGAAGGACAAAGGUGCAUUCUACCUGGUGUUUGAGUACAUGGACCACGACCUGAUGGGACUUCUGGAGUCGGGCCUGGUGCAGUUUUCCCAGGAACACAUAUGCAGCUUCAUGCGCCAGCUCAUGGAAGGCCUGGACUACUGUCACAAGAAGAACUUCCUGCACAGGGACAUCAAGUGCUCUAACAUCCUGCUGAACAACAGUGGCCAUAUCAAACUUGCAGACUUCGGUCUGGCUCGGUUGUAUAACUCAGAGGAGAGCCGGCCAUACACUAACAAGGUGAUCACACUGUGGUACCGCCCUCCGGAGCUGCUUCUAGGGGAGGAGAGGUACUCUCCAGCCAUCGACGUGUGGAGCUGCGGGUGCAUUCUGGGAGAACUGUUCACUAAGAAGCCCAUCUUCCAAGCCAAUCAGGAAUUGCUACAGCUCGAGCUCAUCAGCCGCCUGUGUGGGAGUCCUUGCCCUGCCGCCUGGCCUGAUGUCAUCAAGCUGCCCUACUUCAACACCAUGAAGCCCAAGAAACAGUACCGCCGGCGCCUGCGCGAGGAGUUUGCCUUUCUGCCAGCCCACGCUCUGGACCUGCUGGACCGCAUGCUGACCCUUGACCCUGCACGGCGCUGCACUGCUGAGCAGGCUCUCCACAGUGACUUCCUGAGCGACGUGGAGCCCAGCAAGAUGGCCCCUCCCGACCUCCCCCACUGGCAGGACUGUCACGAGCUGUGGAGCAAAAGGCGCCGGCGCCAGCGGCAGAGUGGGCUGCCCGAGGAUGUGCCUGUGCCUAAAGUGCCCCGCAAGGACCCCGCUGGGGCUCCCAGCAGUGAGAACAGCCGCCCCCCCGCCAGCCCCGCGGGGGCACCGCCUCCCCCUCCGCCACCCGGCCGCCCAUCCGCGUCCACCAUUCUCGCCAAUGAGCUGGCAGGUCUGGGCGCGGCCACGGAGCAGCUGAACCAGAGCGAGCUGGCGGUCCUGCUCAACCUGCUGCAGAGACAGACGGACCUCAGCCUGCCGCAGAUGGCCCAGCUGCUCAACGUCUCGUCCAACCCGGAGAGCCAGCAGCAGCUGGAGACCCUGAGCCAGUCGCUGUCGGCGCUGACGGAGGCCUCGCACCAGCAGCGGGCGCGGCAGGAGGAGGCGGAGGAGGAGGCGGACGAGGGCCCCACCGGCAGCGCCCCGCCGGGCCCCGGGCCCCCCCCGCCCCCCGAGCCGGCGCCGCUGCCCGAGCUCCCCAUCAGCCAAGAGGACCAGACCAACUUCCUGGCCCUGCUCCUGGGCCAGCUCAUAAAGCCGCCCGCCGAGGGGACGGAGCAGAGCGACGAGAGCAACGGCGUCCAAUCAGAAGAGCCAGUCCCCCGUGGCGCCGCCUCCGCCGGCGAUCGCAAGGAUGGUGCGGUCGGGAGGCGGAAGGCGACCUCCGUGAGCCAGGGACCUCUGCCCCCCGAGAGACGUCCGCCCUCCCCCCCUGGACCCCCCCCGGCAUCGCUCUCAGGCGCUCCCCUCCAGACUGGCCCUGAGCUCCACCCCACCCAGGACAUCAGCCCUGCGGUGGCAGCCGCCCUGCUCCAGCUCAUAUCCCAGCACGACGCGGAGCCCCGGUCCCACGAGGAAGAACCACAGCACAGCAGAAACGAGGACCAAGAUCUGUCAGAGACUGUGGGCGCGCUGGGGUCCUCUGACCAGCAGGGGGCAGGAGUGUCGUUGCCGGCCUCCUGGACUCAGCUCUCGGACUCUCCAAAAUCUCCCCGCAGCCAGCCAUCGAGUGACCCGCCGCCCCCGCUCAGCGCUGCUGCACAAUUCCCACGAGACCAGGACCUGCGCUUCUCCCACGGGGCCCCUAGUGACCCGGGGUCCACAAGCUACGCUGGCUCUGAGGCCUGGAACCAGGGGGCCAAGGGUUUCCAGGCAAACAGCCAGCCCCAAACACAAGGCCAAGGGGCCGGCAGAGGCAAAGGGACAUCCUACUGAUUUCCUUGAAGACCAGUCACUAUGGAAAGCAGCACCCCUUAUCAGCACAGUGUAAGAACUAAAGGAAGGCAGUGUGAACCCUUACCUCUGUAGUUAUGGGCAUUAGUCCUGGGAGAGGAAGGGGGUGGUUGGAGAAAGGGACCACGGAGGAGAUGAAAGAGUAGAGAACGGGAAUACUGAGGGUCUGUGAUUGCUGAUGUCCCAGAGGGAAUCGUUGCAAACCAGCCAACCCCUUGGUCCAGUGCCAGGUAGGGACACAGUGUGGCCCUUGCCCAAUGGCCCUGGCUGUAGGCUGUUCCCGUGACCCUGGUGUACCUGAGGACGUAUUCUGAGAGGGCGUGCCCCUUCACACUGCACACAGGCUCAGUUCUGUUCAAGACAAUGAUGAGUGACAGCCCCGGAAUGUAACCUUCAAUUUUUGCACAUUAAAUGAAUUUGGCAUUGCAAUUUGAUUUUUUUUUUCCUUGAAGGAAGACAAAUUUAGUAAGUAAUAAUUGAUUCCCCCUCCCCUCCCAGAUUGCUAGGUGUUUCACAUGUGAGUGAGCCUGCUUACAUGUUGAUACCUGAUGCUGGUUCCUAGGGUCAGUCUGGGACUGUGUACACUUCACUUAAUACACUAAAAUGUGUGGGGUGGAAGUACCAGGGACUUGGCAAAGGGGAGCCAAACAUCCAGACUGGGACAGGUGGUUGUGAGGGUACAGAUUCUCACAAAAGGGUGAAUGUGGUCAUUUCUGAACCUUUUCACCCUGACUGACCUCUGACCUUGAACAUGUGCCUCUGUAGUGACCUAAGCGACCCCUGAAUGAUCUUUUCCAAAGGAAAGUGUUUUUUUUUUUUUUUUUCCUUUUUUCCCCCUCUUAAUUGUCCCCAGCAGUGAUAAUCAGUAUAAAAAUUGGGUUUAACUGAAAAAAAAAACUGUUUUUAUCAUUUAAACCCCAUGUUUUUGUGUUUCGGGCUAACGCUCCUGCAGAUGGUGGUUUGGUCUAUACUCUCUAACCCCUGCUAUGUACCCAUGAUGUCUCUUGUGUGUGACACAUCACAUCAGGAUAUUCACUAUCUACAACCCCUUCCCACAACCUUUAACUGCAGAGGUACCUUUCUUUUAAGAACACUUCAUCUCUCGCACACCUCUGUCAGCGCAGACUGUGACACCUGAAUAUAAACCGGCAGAUCCAGGCACACUUUCUCAUCUCACAGUGAAGGUUAAUUUCUCUGACAGCCUCAGGGCCACAAUUCAGUAUUAUGUAAACCCACCCACAGAGACUGUUGCUUGUGUCUAUCAUGUACAUGAGGCUUUUCACCCCCUCUGCUGCUGUGGACCCCACCUCUCCCUGUACUACCCCUAAAUGGCAAACUCGAGGUUUUCUCAUCAAACUCAUUAUUUUCUACUUAAGAAGCUGAAAGCGAAUGCUAACAUAUUAGAGUAAUGAUUUUGUUCCUUCCGCUUCAAAAGGGCAGGGAAGGGGAAUCAGACUUUGGGUUACCUGUGACUGUAGAGAUAUUUUGUUAUAUACAUGUUUACUUCUUUCUGUUUAUUAAAGGAAAUCCG